CCCCGACUACGACUACCUCGACGGCGAUUACAUCCAGUCGCGCAAGAAUUGCACCACGGUUGAGGAAACCACAGGAAAGUCGCCGGGUGACAAGUGCAUCCAGGCGUACUUUAUUUACAACGAACGCGGCGAAUACAAGCACGCCAUCUUGCGAAACACUGCGUCCAAGGCGUUUCUGGCGAAGGGCUGGAAGGUGGCCAGCGAGGUGAAGCCGGCCGAGGCCCCAAUGGUUCGCUACGUGGUGGAUUCGUGCGAGGGGCAUCUGUGCAACAAGAUGCCCAUGGAAGAGUUGGAGCAGCUGGCGAAGAGCACCAACCGCAUCGGCUACACCAUGAUCGUGUUCCCCGUCGUCGCCUGCCUCAUCACCCGCAUUGUC